AUGCUCCGCACCCGCAACCCAUCCCGCACAUUACACUUCUACAUCAACCUCAUGGGCAUGCGCACCGUCUUCACCAUGAACACCGGCCCCUUCACCAUCUAUUACCUCGGGUACCCGGCUACCUCUGCCGACUGCGCUGACCUCCCCGCUUGGGCGGCCCGCGUAUCAGAUAUCCCAACCCUAACGAAAACCCUGGGGUUGUUGGAGUUUUAUCAUAUACAUGGUACGGAAACAGGUACUGACCAGGAGGGAGAGGAAGGGGAAGAAAAGUUUAGGGUAUGUACGGGUAACGAGCCGCCGAAUCUAGGAUUCGGGCAUUUGGGGUUUACGGUUCCGGAUGUGGGUGAGGCUGUGGAACGGCUGAGGAGGGAGGGGGUGAAGGUGGUGAAGGAGUUGGGGGAUGUUUCGAGGAGGAGUGUACCCUUGAGUAGGUGGGAGGAGGAGAGGAGGUGCGGGGUCGGGGAGAUUAGUCAGGGGUUUAGGGAUAUUUGGGGGAGGAUUGCUUGUGUGGCGGAUCCGGAUGGGUAUUUGGUUGAGUUGGUGCCGCAGGAUAUGGAACUUCAUUGA